AAAACAAGUACCGUGUGCCGCCGGCUUUACAUCAUGCCUCGUGUUAGCGGGUCCCGCAAACGACGUCGAGACACUCGAGGGUAAUCAGGACGCCGAAGUCGAUGUAAAAGAUAUAAUCGUGCACUCAUAAUCAUGGCGGUACGUGUACAAUUUGAGAACAAUAACGAGGUUGGCGUUUUUGCAAAAUUGACAAACUCCUAUUGCUUGGUAGCAAUUGGCGGUUCCGAAAACUUUUACAGUGUAUUCGAAGCAGAAUUAUCUGAGACGAUUCCAGUUGUUCACGCAUCUAUAGCUGGAUGUCGUAUUAUUGGUCGGCUAUGCGUUGGAAACAAAAAUGGACUGUUAGUACCAAACACAACGACAGACAUAGAAUUGCAACAUAUUCGGAAUUCUUUGCCAGAUAGUGUGAAAGUACAAAGAGUAGAGGAGAGGCUUUCUGCUCUUGGCAAUGUUGUAGCAUGUAAUGAUUAUGUUGCUCUUGUUCAUCCUGACCUGGAUCGGGAAACUGAGGAAAUUUUGGCUGACACACUGAAUGUGGAAGUAUUUAGACAAACGGUCGCGAGUAACGUUCUCGUUGGAUCAUAUUCAGUCUUAUCAAAUCAAGGUGGUAUGGUGCAUCCAAAGACCUCUAUACAGGACCAAGACGAGUUGUCAUCUCUUUUACAAGUACCACUUGCGGCUGGUACUGUAAAUAGAGGUAGUAAUGUAAUUGCUGCUGGUAUGGUUGUAAAUGAUUGGGUGUCUUUCUGCGGCAUGGAGACUACUUCAACCGAACUCUCAGUUAUCGAAAGUGUUUUUAAACUUAACGAAGCUAACCCAGCUGCUAUCACAUCAAGUAUGCGCGCGUCUCUUAUAGAAAGUAUGUCAUAAAAAUACAAAGGCGUCCCUGAUAAACUGGAAAGUUUGUGCUGGACUGUAGAUUGUGUACAUGUACAUAAAUCCGAAUAUUUAUGGCAACCUACGAUUGCACAAGAUUAUGCCAUGCUUACUUUUGACAUAUCCAAAGUAAGCACUUCUUCACAAUUCCGACAUAGGAUACACAACUCACAGUGUAAUAAAAUAUUGAAAUUCACAAAUAAAAGAACAUACUUUCCGUUUGUUAAAUCUGAUUUCUAGAAUAUCAUUGUAAGAAAAACUGUCAAUAAUUUAUCGCAUUCGUUUUUAGUGAGUAUGUAUAUCGCUCAUUUUUACUAUUAAAAAAAGGAAAAAAAAACGAGCAAAGAUAACGAAAGUUGAGCGAUGAAAAAGUCAAUCGAAUAAAUUUUUAAUAGAUUUUUAUGA